AUGGACGUCGCAUACAAUCAGCACUCCGACCGCGCAAGGCGCAAGAACCGCUCGACAACAAACAUCAACCACCUCUCUCUUGCCCCCCUUACCGUCAAGCUACCCAUCAACGAUAGCGACGCCAUUCCUGACUCCCUCGUCUCCCAGACCCAUGCAACAUAUCUACAAGGCAAAUCCGCACCUACCACACCGCGACUGCUCUCCCGCGGCUCAGUGACACCUCGUUCAAGAUCCCACCAUCGAACACCCUCGGCCCCAGGCGGCCCAUUGUCAAAAAGCAAGUCAUCCACCUAUCUUGGUGCUUCCGGUCCCGGCAAAAAAUCAAGAUCUGGAGCAUCGACCCCGAGACGACGCCGCGACGAUGCCUUCCCCAAUGGCAACGAGAACGAAAGUGACUGGCUCUUGAGGGCUGGAGCGUUACUUAGUUCCGAGGCUAGAGAAUACAAGGGCCAAGCUUGGCUCGUCUCAAGGCAGAGCUCUACGAGCCUCGCUGGCAUGCGGGAUGCCGAUGAAGUAGCUUUCGAGCAGGAAUUGGCCCGAGAGCGAGAAGUUGCCAGCCAUCGUGCCAGCCGUCGAGGCAGCUCAGCCAUGGCCGACGACGAUGCUACUCCCAAUGGUAGCCGUUUCAACAGCAGAUUCAACAGCCGAAAACAGAGCAUGGCCGAAACCCGUAGCCAUUUGGGAACCCCUUUCGAGCGACCUACAACAGACGGUGACUCGUACUUCCCUGGUCCCGAAGUCGGCAUUGCCGGCCCGGACUUUGUCAAUCUUGACGAGAAACUGGAGGAGCUGGAGCGGGAUACCACACAGGACGAUGAAGCUACUGUGCGGAGGCUGGUACGACAUGGCACAACCGGCAAGGGAUCAUGGAUCAGUAACGUCAUUGGCUGGUCCUUGUUCAAGGUCGACGAAAACGACGAGGAUUCAGAAGAUGACGACGAGGAUUACAUGGACGACGAGGAAUUGGUCCGCACUGGUCGUGGUGGCGGCUCCCAUAGACAUUUCGAAGGCGUUCUGCAUGCUCCCGUCGAACGACUGCCGCCGCCAACCUCAGAUGAGGGCGGAUGGAAAGAUGCCGCUUGGCUGCUUAGCGUAGCCUCCAAGGUCAUGUUUUGA